GGCGCCGCAGUUAGGCCGCGGGGGGAGACCAUGGCAGCCACCUUCUUUGGGGAGGUGGUGAAGGCGCCGUGCCGAGCGGGGACGGAGGACGAGGAGGAGGAAGAGGAGGAGAGGAGGGAGACGCCGGAGGACAGGGAGGUCCGGCGGCAGCUGGCGCGGAAGAGGGAGGUGCGGCUCCUUCGAAGACAAACAAAAACAUCUUUGGAAGUUUCUCUGCUAGAAAAAUAUGCUUGCUCCAAGUUUAUAAUUGCUAUAGGAAAUAAUGCAGUAGCAUUUUUGUCAUCAUUUGUUAUGAAUGCAGGAGUCUGGGAAGAAGUUGGUUGUGCUAAACUCUGGAAUGAAUGGUGUAGAACAACGGACACUACACAUCUGUCUCCCACAGAGGCUUUUUGUGUGUUUUAUCAUCUAAAAUCGAGUCCCUCGGUUUUCCUCUGUCAGUGCAGUUGCUACGUUGCUGAGGAUCAGCAGUAUCAAUGGCUGGAAAAGGUUUUUGGCUCUUGUCCAAGGAAGAAUAUGCAAGUAACUAUUCUCACAUGUCGACAUGUUACUGACUAUAAAACUUCAGAAUCUACUAGCAGCCUUCAUUCUCCUUUCCUGAAAGCCCUAAAAACACAGAAUUUCAAAGAGCCUCCAUGCUGUUCACUGCUAGAACAACCGAAUAUCGUACAUGAUCUUCCCGCAGCAGUUAUGAGUUACUGUCAAGUAUGGAAAAUCCCUGCAGUUCUGUACUUGUGUUAUACUGAUGUGAUGAAAUUAGACCUAAUUACAGUGGAAGCUUUUAAGCCUCUGCUUUCUUCCAGAAGCCUGAAAGGUUUGGUUAAGAAUAUUCCCCAGAGCACAGAGAUACUGAAGAAAUUGAUGACAACAAAUGAGAUUCAGAGUAACAUUUACACAUGAUUCCAGAUUGUUUUGUAAAGUGUAUUACCCAUCCAUUCCUUUAGGGGGAGCAAUGUGCACUGUUUUGUAGGUUCCUUUUUUUUUCAGGGGGUAUUUUCUGGGUGUUAAAAAGAGAAUAAACUUACUUUAAUUCAUUGUA